AUGUCAAUCUUAAUAGUCAACCCGAACUCCAACGUCUCGAUGACCAAAGCCCUCGAGCCAACCAUCGAAAAUCUCAACAUCCCAGCUCUAACAUUCACCUACUUCACCGCACCACUCCCUUCCCCACCAUCAAUCGACGACGCUGAGAGCUCCCAGAAAAGUGCAGACGUCUGUUUCCCGUUGCUCUUCGAGCGACUAACUUCCUACGACGCCUUCGUCGUAGCGUGCUACAGCGACCACCCGCUCGUUCCGCUACUGAAAAUGCACACCGGUAAGCCCGUAAUCGGGAUUUUCCAGGCCAGCGUGGCGCAUGCUUUGCAUGUCCUUCCGCGGGAGAAGAAGUUUGGGAUUAUUACCACGGGGAAGGUUUGGGAGGAGUUAUUGACGGAAGGGGUGCAUAGGUUCUUGGGUGGCGGGGAACGGUUCGCUGGUGUGCAGAGUACUGGGCUUGCCGCGGGUGAAUUGCACUCCGUGCCUGAGAAGGAGUUGAGGCGGAGGAUGGAGCGUGCCACAGAGGAGUUAUUGGAGAGUGGGGAUGUGGGAGUUGUUUGCCUAGGGUGUGCGGGGUUGGUCGGGUUGGAAGGGGUGGUUAGGGGGGUCGCUGAGAGGUUGGGCCUUGAAGUUAAAGUUGUAGAUGGAGUUAUUGCCGGCAUGGUUACUGCUGGGGGUCUGAUAGGGUGCAAAUAUUGAGAUUCUUAGGUUCUUUCCGCGA